CUCAACAGUGCAACUCAGUUCAGUUGACACAGAGUCUCGCGGUGCGGUGGUCGCCACUGCUUAACUCGUGUUAUCGUGUUCAAUUUGUUUAUCUUUUUCUACAUUACUCAUAAAAUAAAAAUGAAGCUGAAGACUCAAAUUCUGGAGCAGCCUACAGGAGAGCUAUCGAAGCAGAUCCGAGUGGAGUUGAACGAGGACGUCACCACUAGGGACCACGACCUGGCGCAGAUCAAGGAGUGGCUGAGGAAGCAGCCUCAUUUGCCGGAUGAGUGGGAGGACCGGCCGCUGCUGACGUUUCUCCGGGGUAGCUCGUUCUCCCUGGAGAAGUGCAAGCGCAAACUGGACAUGUACUUCACCAUGAGGGCCGCAUGUCCGGAAUUCUUUACCGACCGCGACUGCGCCUCCUCCAGUCUGUCUGAAGUACUUGACGCCAAAGUGCAAGGCCCUCCUUUAUCCGGCCUGACACCUAAUGGCCGGAGAGUGACUAUCUGCAGAGGCAUCCAUCCUAAUCUGGAUUCGCAACAAAUCACAGAUUCCUUGAAACUCGCUCUUAUGAUCGGCGACAUAAGGCUCAACGAAGAGAUUGAAGGUGUAGCUGGCGAUAUCUACGUGUUAGACGCGGCCGUGCUCGGGCCAAGUCUUCUCACGAAACUCUCACCGGCUACUGUCAAGAAAUUCAUGAUUUGCGUUCAGGAAGCUUACCCAGUGAAACUGAAAGAGGUGCAUAUUGUUAACACAUCGCCAAUUGUUGAGCGAUUCAUCAAUUUUGUUAAGCCCUUCCUCAAGGAAAAGAUUAGAAAUAGGAUCUUCAUCCACAAAGAACUAAAAGAUUUAUACAAGUAUAUACCACAAGACAUGUUACCUGUGGAAUAUGGCGGAUCCAGCAGUUCUAUGGACGAACUUCAUGAACAAUGGAAGGCCAAAUUAUUGGAAUACCGUGACUGGUUCAUUAGCCAGGAGCCGCUCAAAGCCAAUGAGACACUUAGACCAGGGAAACCGACCAACUAUGACGAGCUCUUCGGUAUAGACGGUUCAUUCAGACAACUGGCGAUCGACUGAUCGUAUUGUGUAUCUGUGAUAUUUUUUAUUUUAAGGCCGUAUCCAUAGUUAAACUUAAAUGUAAUUAAUUUUAUAAUUAAUUGUAGUUGAAAUGCCAGACGGCCCUUAAAGUGUGUGAACCUAUGUGUGAAUUAUUUUGCAGAAAAGGAUAUUUACUUGACUUGACGAGUGCACUGCCGUGCCCAUUUAAACAUAUAAUUUUGUUUGUUCAUUUAUGUUUCAGGAUUUUAACUGUUAAAUCACAAUAAUAAUGCCUUAUAUAUUAUAAAAGAACAUGAAUUUAGUUUCUGGUGUUUUUAUUACUGAUGACUUAUUGUACUUAAAAAUCAUAAAACAUACAAAUUAAAAAAAUACUUUGUAUUCCGUGAAUAAAUCAAGACAUUUUUGAUUUCAUUUGAUUGACCAUGACCUAUUUGUAAGCGACAAUGUUUUUCUUUAGCUAGAUUAAUUUGUAUACUUAGGUACCUAGUAUUUUUUUUUCUGUAAUGGACAAUUUGAUAAUAUUAGUAAUAUAGUACAGCUGAACCAAUAUUUUUUUCUUUUCUCAUUGAAGAUUCGCCCUUGGUUGCCACGACCAGAUUUUACAAUUCUGUAUUCUGUUCUAAGAAUAAUUUUGAUGUCGAAUAUGCUAACAUAUAUGGACGUCACAAUGCAUUUUUUAUCUGUUAUAAAUGUACACUGCAAUUUUCGUUUUUCCGGUAUACUACGUGAGUUACCUAUAAGAUACCUACCUACUCAUAACAAACUUCUUCAAAAGUAAGAUUAAUUACAUAGAUUUUUGGUGCUAAACAGAUAAAGAUGUAAUUUUGUAUACUACUUGCAUGUAAUAAAAUGUUUGUAUGAA